AACAGUGGUAAGCGCAAAAGUCCCCCUAGUCCCACGAAGGUUACGAUUAAUCCAGCUUCGGCUCAUAUGAGUGCCGUGAGUUACACGUGCGCGAACGUUAAAUAGUCUUACCACCGUCUUACAAUCUGCAUUGUGACACGGCGGCAGUAUGCAAUGUGCCUUACAAAACUUUCGCUUAUCUUACCUCCCUGCCGGUACCGUACGCGUACGGACAAACGGAAACGUGUAGCAAAUAUAUUAAUGGAACCCACUCCAGCUGGGUGGGAUUUAGGAAAACACGGAAAUGUAAUACCAUCGGCACUUGAGAUAAUUGCUUGUGACAACUAUAGCAAUAAGCGCGAGGCGCUUUUUAUUGAAUCACUGCUCAAUCAACGCACGAGAGAGUGUGAGAAGAGUUGAUGAGGCUUAAAAACAAGCUCCCGGCACUGCGCUACAUCCAGCACGGUGAGCGCACUCAGACUGCAACGACCGAUCGAUCAUGAAGCCGUGCACCGUUCAACUAUCACUACUGCUGCUGCUGCUACUACUACUAACCAGUACGGUUCUGUGUGAUGUCCCUCCGUGUGGUACCGAUAGAACUGCCGUUCCGAAGAACAUCGAAACGUUCGAGUGCUUAAACCAGACGGAACUGCAACACCAAAGGCUACUCGCCAGUUCGCUACGGUUUGACGCAAAGUCUGGCACGCGUUUCUUUCUCUGGACGGUGUCGGCGUCCGGCAACGGAACCACGCAUCGCGAAGAGCUAAAGUUUAACGAUCUGGCCGCGUUGCGGAACUCCAGCUUUAAUCCUCGCAAUCCAACGCGCAUUCUCAUCCACGGUUGGCUCAACGACUGGACGUCGGACGCGGUCCGUGGGCUUGCCGGUGCGUAUCUGGCGAAAGGUGCGCACAAUGUUAUCGGCAUCGACUGGUCAGCUGGUGCCGGUACGAUAGUGUAUCUUGCAGCGCGGUUACGUGUGGGUGCGGUUGCUGGUGUGAUUGCGGCCCAGAUAGCACUACUGCUUCAGGCCGGUCAACAUCCGGCCCAGAUUGUGCUCGUCGGUCACAGCCUGGGAGCGCACAUUGCCGGUCUGACGGGGAAACAGUUUCAAGCCGUGCCGAAACUGGCCGCCAUCAUAGCGCUCGACCCAGCGGGACCACUGUUUGCGGGCGAUCAGCCCUCCGAACGUGUGGAUGCGCUGGACGCCGAGUACGUGGAGGUAAUACACACCAACAAGGGGCUGCUCGGCCAUCGGGAUGCACUCGGGCAGGCCGAUUUCUAUCCCAACGGUGGCCAAUCGCAGCCCGGCUGCCUGACCAACACCUGCAGCCACAAUCGAGCGGUCGAGUACUUCCGGCGAACGCUCACCGUGAGUAGGGUGCCGCUGUACGUGGGGCACCGCUGCGAGACGGGUAGCGUUAAUGACGGCUGUGACGGUGUGCGGGCGGUCAUGGGCGGUGAUCUGAACGAUAUCUACAAAGCGAAGAUGAGCGGGUUGUUUUAUCUCGCGAUCGGUAAAUAAA